AUGAAUUUUGCUUCUGAGAAUAAGCAGAUUGGGCAGAGGAGGCUUUCCAAGCUUCGGGUAUCAUCUUCGAAACAUUCGAGGCUCUGGAACACGAUGUUUUCCAUGCGAUCAAGCCCAUGUUUCAACACGUUUAUGCCGUUGCCCCUCCAAAUGCUGUUCAACUCGGCUUCCACUGGCACCGGUGAUCAUCUCGAAUCAGUUUCCUUCAAUCAACGUGGGGACGGAAUCCGUUGCCUGGAAUGGCUCGACUCCAUCAAACCCAAUUCAGUUGUAUACAUAAGCUUUGGUGAUCUUGCGGUCAUGACCCCGCAGCAACAAUGUGAGUUUGCUUGGGGAACUUGCAAUAGAAACCAGCCAUUUCUUUGGAUAAUUACAACAGAUUUCGCCAAGGGCCAAUUGGCAACUCUGCCACUUGAGUUCUUGAAAAAGACUAAAGAAAGGGGUCUGAUAGCCACAUGGAGCCCCCAGGAGCAAGUUCUUGCCCACCCUUCAGUCGGAGUGUUUGUGAGUCAUUUUGGGACUAGCUCAAUGCUUGAGAGCAUUUGGGCUGGAGUGCCUAUGAUCGGUUGGCCGUAUUUUGGUCAUGACCAUCAAGAGACCUGCCGGUAUAGCUGUAACCGAUGGGGUAUCGGGAUGAAGAUCAAUGAGGAUAUGGAGGGGGAAGAAGUGGAAAGCCUAGUUCGCGAGUUGAUGGAGGGGGACGUGGGUAAAGCGAUGAAGAGGAAGGCAAGGGAGUGGAAGAAACUAGCAGUUGAGGCCAACAGUAAAGGCGAGUCAUCGGCAAAAAACCUUAUUUAA